GCAGUAGUGGCAGCAGCAGUGGGGAGGCAAGAGGUGGAGGCAGAGUAGCAUACGCAGCACGACGUAGUAGUAUCGCAGGAAAUGAUGGUAGCGCGUGAGAAUACGUCGGAUCGCGUCGUCGACGGGUGAACGCGCGAUCGUUCUCCGGAUGAAACAUCCGGGGAACGUGUUCCGCCACUCGACUCGAAGUGCCAUUUCGCAUAUAUCAUAUCUAGUAAAUAUUAAUAGGCGGGAGACGCCUGUACUGGGACGACGCGUGCACGCACCACACGCACUCGCCACGGAUAACACGCGCUCGUUCUGCUCGUUACCAUAGUGGAGAACGCGCGUUGACGGGGACCGACGACGCGUUCCCCGGUGCCGACGCGUUGGGCGUAUCACCGGAGCCGAUGUAUCACGCUAGUCGAUGAAGUUGGAAGCCUCUCGAGCGAUGACGAACCGUCGAAAAGGUCGUCUUGACAGGAUAACAACGCUUUGACAGUUCUGUUGUUUAUUGUUUAUCGCCAAGUGCCGUGCGCGCGAUAACGAUCGCUUCUCUAUAAUACUUCGGUGACUCGAGAAUUUAUUUUUGUGGCAGAAACUCGGUGUGAUUUCAGAAAAUCGUUGCAUCUCGAAAGUGCUGUUUGUUUUCGGAGGAGACACGUAGGAAGGCCAUAGAAUAUACAAAAGUGUGCAAGAGUACAAAAGCGAGAGACUCUCAAGAUGCCUGAUAGUGCAAUGGAAGAGAAUCUUCUGGGUCCGGAAUGGCUGUUCAAAGAGCUGAGAUCGCAGAAUGGUCGCGACAAGCUUCUUAUUCUGGACUGCAGGGCACACUCUGAUUUCUCGGAUGCUCACAUAAGAGGUUCGGUACCUCUGACCAUACCUAGUAUCAUCCUGCGAAGAUUGGCUGCUGGUAAAGUGGACCUCUUGUCCACGAUACGGUGCUUAGAUCUGAGAAACAGAGUGGAGAUGUUUUUGUGCGGGGAUGAAAACAGAAGAGGAACAUUUAUAUUAAUCGGGGAUUCUGCGGAUUCUGCGGGUCAUCAGAGUGAAACGAUACAAGUUUUGAACCGGAGGCUCAAGAGCAGUGGAGGAAAUGUUGCCACUUUAAACGGUGGUUUCGAAGCAUUUAAAGAUAAAUAUCCGGAAUGGUGCGAAGGUAGUCAAGCCAGUAGUGAGUGUGAUCCAAGUCAGGACAAUAACGAUGGUGAAUUGAUGGGCCUUAGAUCCCUUCGGAUAUCUACUCCACCAAUCAGAUCUUAUUCAGAUUCUGAUAGUGACAGCACGUGCGACUCAAUUGGCCCGGAGGAAGAUAAAGACUUUCCGGUGGAAAUUUUACCUCAUUUGUAUCUCGGUAAUGCGGCUAAUAGCGAGGAUCGCGAGGCUUUAGCGCGACACAGGAUACAAUACAUACUCAAUGUGACACCGGAUUUACCAAAUGUGUUUGAAAGUGCCGGCUCAAUAAAAUACAUGCAAAUACCGAUAAGCGAUCACUGGAGUCAGAAUUUGGCGAGUUUCUUCCCGCAGGCAAUUCAAUUUAUAGAGGAGGCACGGAGUUCAGACAAGGGAGUAUUGGUACACUGUUUGGCCGGAAUUUCUCGGUCCGUCACGAUCACCGUGGCUUAUAUCAUGCACAAGUGCAGCCUCAGCCUGAACGACGCUUUUAAUUUAGUACGUAGUAGAAAGUCCAAUGUCGCACCGAAUUUUCACUUUAUGGAGCAGUUGCACAGCUUCGAGCAGGAAUUGAGAGAUCGAGGAGGAGACAGACAAAACAAGAGUAACGAGCAGAGGUGCAUCGGAGCGUGCCGGCCAAAUGGACCCUGCAAUUGUCCAGCGCCCAGCUUCUUGAGCCCUCUCGACUUAGGACUCAGCCCCGAUUCAGGAAUCGAGUUCGACAGGUGGGCGUCAAGUACACCGGCUGAAUGAAACGAAUUUGGGGGGACCGAGUACAAAUUCUAGGUCCCCUGGCAUAUGCGUCAUCUUAGAAAAAUUCUGAAUAAAGGUAACGAUAACGCGUUUUACCAUUCUGAUGUUCACGCGAGAGAUGAGCGUUGAAAUCCGCCUUCUCCAUCCGCGGAGUAUCUUCAAAUAGAAUGGGAUACUGACGCGUUCGGCGAGUGCCGAGAUACAGCUUCUAGGGGCAUUCAAAGAGUUAGUUACCGCGCCGGCACUUUCCUGCCGUAAUUUGUCGUCUUUCUUUUCGUCGAGCCUCUCAUUCCUACUAUAGCUGCAUAGUUUAUUGAGGAUAUAUAAAUUAUUUAAAUUUUUUUUAAAUUGAAUUUUAAAAAGAUUAGUUUCUAAGGACGCGCAUGCAUACUGCAUACUCAAUACUCAAUGUAACUGUAUUGCAAUGGAUCAAGAAUUUAUAACGUAAUUCUUAAGCGAUUAAAUACGAAUUUUCUAGUAUUAUGUGCUCAGUGUUGUUCAAUAUAAUGAAAAAAAAAAAAUAUACAAAUAUCUUUGCCAAAAUUUAGAAAUAAUUUAGGAAUGAGGGGAUUAAUAUUUGUGAAAAGAGAAAUAUGUAUCUUCAAUUAGGAAGAAAUUAUCUCUUCGUUAGGCGAUUAGCUUUUCAGCAUACGCGUUCAAUACUAAUAUGCUUCGAUGUAUUUUCGCAGCGACGAUGCUUGUCUAUUUUAAAAUUUUUCGAUCACGAAGAUUGGACACUUUAUGUUACGCCGUCGAAAUCACGAUGCAGUUGCGUUGUGACUUAGGGAGAGAGUAAAUGAUAUGACUGUUGAUGCCCUUCUGUAAAAAAAGGAAGAAGCGAAGUUUAUAAUGCUCUUUUCUGAAUUGUUGUGGCAGCAAAGGACAUUGAAAGUAUUUUGUAAACGAGAUCGCAUAAUUUCUUAUCGUGCAACAGUCGCGUAAUUGUAAUUGUACAUUCUGAUGUUAUGCUUCCAAGUUUUGAGGAACCUUUAGCGCGUAUGAUUUUAAACAGUAUGCGAGAUAUGUCGCAUACUGCCCUAUUCAAGCACUUGUACUCGCGAGGUAUAACAUAACGCAUACCGCCAUACCUCAAGAGAACUCUAGGACAUAUAUAUAUAUAUAUAUGAUGUAUACAUACAUAUAUAUAUUUUAAUACUUCUUCCUCCAAAUCCUUCAAUUAAUGAGGCUGUGUUUAUUUUACCGCAAGCGAUAUUUCAUGCGCGAAGUAAUCUCUAAACGACGAGUUCCCACCAGGCAAUCACGAGUAGUCGAAGAUAAACAUCACCGCUUAGUAUGCUAAGUUUUAUGGUACAAAAUUACGAAAGAUAUUGUAUAUACGGGGGCGAAUUUAAGUUUUAACGCGAACGAAAAAGAUCAAUAAUUUAUUCGCAAUGUUCGCAUAAACGAUGUUACUAAAAAAGCGCUGAUAUUUUCUUUCAGAAACUAACAUUUCCAAAGAGGCUCAAAUAAAGGCCCAGAAUUCCGUUCAAGUGAUUCUUAAAUUCGUCUCUGAGCUUCUACUCAACCAGUAGUUUGUGUAAAAAGUAAAACUUGAGAUUGUAACGUGAGUAAUUUUCGAUGUAGUUUUUCGACACACUGGAGUGACUUAUCUCGUCAAGAAUAAUCGCCUCAAUGCAUUCUACGCGAAAGGUAUAUGCACGUCGCCUCAGGUACAUAUGCCAGUAACUUAAGUUUAAGGGAGGACAUCUUAGGAAUCAGUGCAUUUCUGUAGGGCAUUCCGAAUCUCUCCUGCUCGCGAGCAAAAGCAGUCCCGUCACUGGUUUCAACAGAGUUAGGAGAAUUUGCGUCCAAGUCACUCGGAAUGAUAUGCGUAUGAAGGCGUUACUUUAAAAUUUCAUUUUUUUAUUAAUUCAAAAUGCGAUGAACUAUGAAGAGAAAUCACCAAAAAAUUAAGAGGAAAUUUUAGUCAAUUAGUAUACUAUUACAAUUAGUAAGCAUGUUUAGCUUUAAAAAUAUCUGUCAGGUAAGUGCUCAGUUUUUUUUAAAGAUUGUAUUUUGUAAAAGUACUUCUUAACAUUUUCUAUUGAAAAUCAGAGCUCUUGGCCAAAAUUUCCAAUGCGAAAGCACUAUAAUCAUAUGUAGAUAUUUAUAGCUUUCUCAUUUAUUUCAUUAUAGUUAACUUAUUAAUGUAUUUAUAUAUAAAUGUCCAUUGUUAUAGUUUUCAUUAAUUCCGUUUUAAUAUUUUUUUAUUGAAGAAAUAAAUGUUACUGUUAAAGUAACGCCUCCAAAUAUCGGAAAUCGUUUUUAUUGUCAAAUAGACUCCGUCGUCACUGUUACAUACAGAAAUCUGAAAGAUAAUGGUUCCUGCACGUUAUAUUUUUGCUGACAUCAGAGAGCAACAUUAAUCCUUCGGAUUUUUUACAUAGAUACUUUUCUACGUGAUGACGUUGGGCCUGUGCAUUCAUGAUGAAAACGCAUCUAGCUGUGUACUGCUAGUAAUAACUUAAAUGUUAAAUUGGAUUCUGAAUUGUAUGAAUCAGCACUGUUUCUAUUAUCUUACAGAUCUCAGAUAUAUAUUGAAAGUUAUUUUUGUAAAAAAGAAAAAGCAAAAGAAAUGCAUUCACAUUCCCGAGCCAGAAUGGCCUGACAAUGUAACUAUCUUUCAUCUAUUACUGUAUGUAUUCAUUGAGCAUAAUUGAAGUUAAUAUGAGUGUAUACAAAUGAAUGUUAUUUUUGGUGUAAUAAUUAACUGCAAGAGUUAAUUAAUAGCUCUUGGCUAUUGCGAGAGUAAAUUGAUAUGUAAUUAAGGAAAUAUAUAUUGACGUUAAUGUAAUAACAAUAUUCUACUAUUACACUGUUGUCUGUUGUACGUUUACUGGGUGCGUGUGCCCGAGAAAUUUAAUCAAAUAUUAUAUAUGUAUAUUAUAUAAAUUAUUAUUUUAUAUUCGUCGUUGUAUAUAUUUUAAUUGAUUUUCAUUAGAAAUACAAGUUAUCUUACUUAAACUACAAGUAAUCGAUUGUCACUUAAGCAGGUCAUUUACAUUCCAUGCAGAUAACUUCGUCUCUUGUUUUCCAAAUCUGACAAUGUAAAAUUAAAUAUGCAUUAUAUACAUUUAUAUGUAAGUA